UCUCUCUUUUGAUCAGAAAGCUUGAUUCGAUUUGAUCGGAGAUUCUCUGUUCGAGUUUCUCUCUCCGCCGCCAGCUUCCAAUUGAGCUUGGUCUCUCUACGAAGAUCUGAAAUCUCAGUUUUGGAUCUUCAAUCCAGAGCUUUGUUCUCUUUUUCUCGAUCUCUGGCACCAUCGCUCUUCGCCUUGAUCACGUCACUUUUUCUUCUUCUUCGUCUUCCGCCGUGAUCAAGCCGAAACACGUCGCCCUUGGUGAGAAUCGAAGGAUUGAAAUUGCAGGGAUCAGAUUAUGAACAAGGCGAGGUCCUACUGGUUCAGCCAGAAGGCCACCAAGGAGAUCUCCUCCGUCGACGAUGAUAUCAAGGGAAUUUAUGAUGAUAUGAACUUGGGAUUUUACCUUGUUGCAUAUGAUGACAUUGGGGGCAUUUCCUACCAAAAGGCUUGCGACUUGUCUAGUCACAUUUGCAGUUUCACUCGGGUUAUCAGUAAGCACCCAAUCUUUUGGUCUACAGGCCCUACUUUUUCCGAGUCUCCGUUUGUCCCAAAGGAAGAAAGUUUAUAUAAUAGUCGCAUACAUAUUCGACAAAAUGCCGUAGCAGAUCACAUUCACCAGCUCACAAGAAUUGAAGUGGUCUCUCGGAUUCUUUGAAGUUGUCGGUUACUUAAUACUUUUACACCUAAUAGGCUUUUUAAUUGGCCUUCCAUGACGCAGUAAUUUCCUUUGUUGAAGUUAAGACAUUAUAUAAUAGGUUUACUGUAAUCAUAUAGCCUGAAUUUUGUCUCCAGCAAUUUAGUUAAUGAGUUUCAGAAACUAUGUCAUGUAUUUUCUUUGCAAAUGUAAUGUAUUUCCAUCUAAUUGUUUUUCAAAUAAAGUGGUUAUAUAUUGGAAAAAUU